CAAUUUUUUUCCCAUCUGAAAGAGCUUUCUCUGCGAGCUCUGACUCUGGGUCUAUUGACUCAGCUUUCGCCUCUUCACACCGCUCCCCGUUAGUAUCGGACUCUCGUUCGCCCUCAAGGGACGUCGAAACUGAAUCGAGUCCUUGGACGGAUUGGAAUUGGAAAAUUACAGGCCGCGUGGUGCAGAAGACAGAUAUGAUUGUACCCGAAGAGUUUUUCAUUCCACAUGGCUCUUGAAGACGAGUCCGCUCCAAUAGAUGAAAUGGCGUUCAACAGCGCUGCAGAUAAGCUAUUUUUUGUCCUAGAAGAAGGCAAUGUGUACCAUAUAUCCAAAGGGAAGGUACAGUAUGCCGACCCCAAGAUCAAGCGACCUAUAAACUUGUCAUGGAUGACUUCACGGAGGUUGAAGAGUGCCCCGACGAGGACGAGGAUGGUGCACGUUCGAAGCGCGCCCGAUCUGUGUCCGGCCUUCGCAACCCCACACCAUGGCGCCCCCUCAGGCGUAGACAUACAACGGGAGUAUUGCAAUACUCCGUCGGAGGCGACAUGACAUGUCCGGACCAGAUGGGGACGAGCCGGCAGAGGCUUGGUGCUGUCCGGACCAAAGGGCAACAGGAAGCAGUUCUCGUACAUUUCCACCCAAGUCUACAAACAUGCCGCUUGCGUGAAAAAAUCCCGCAAGAGUUGUUAUUGAAGCGGGAUAGUACUCCGAGGCUUGAGGAUUGGCGGACCAAAUCGGCACUUCUGCGUAGGCCUGAUGGGUUUCAGGGUCCUAUUCAGGACCGGCAUCUGGACCACCUGACUGUGGGCCGUGGCACCACCGAACACUGCGCGCUCUGGAGGAGGAGGGUGAAUGGUGAAAAGCGCCAAAGGCCCAGACACACCGACGGACAUUUCAAGGUAUUUCGGAGCACUUCGCCGCCCUUGCCCAUCAAGACGAUGUCUAUCCUUGCGCUAGGCAUUAUCGCGUGCAUCUUCCGAAUAUUCCUCGCGUGUAGGAUAUAUGCUCGUAGGACGUCAUCUUAUCCUCCAGGGCCUCCAGGGUUGCCUCUUCUCGGCUCGGAUAUCAUACGACUCAAGAUCCUUGGAACUGAUAUGCUCGUCCUCAACUCAUUAGAAGCAGCCACUGAUCUUCUUGAGAGGCGAUCUUCCAUCUACAGUGAUCGAUUGGGCUUAGGUUGGUCUAUAACCCUCGCACGGUAUGGUGAACAAUGGCGAGAUAUGAGAAGAAUGUUUCAUCAAGAAUUCAACCACGAUGUUGUGAAGCAAUACCAAUGCAUUCAGAUACAAGCAUGCCACGAGCUCCUGAAGCGGCUGGCCACCCAACCUGAACGCUUCGUCCAAGAUAUUCGACAUAUGACAGGACGAGUCAUAAUGAUGGCGAUAUAUGGCAAUCAGGUCGAACCGGAGAACGAUCACUACAUUAGCAUCGUUGAGCGUGGAGCGGAUACCUUUUUGGCUAUCAUUGCUAGGUCAUACUUGGUCGACUCUGUACCGUAUUUGAGAUACCUUCCAGGAUGGUUCCCCGGAGCCACGUUUCUUAGACAGGCAAAGAUCUGGAGACCAAUAAUGGAUGCUCUUGUGAAUGAACCCUAUCAGCACGUGAAGACGGGUCUGGUGACCGGUGAAAUUCAUAAGUCCGCAGUAACAUCCCUUCUGGAGAGCAUUCCAACAGGCGGGAAGGACGCGAAGUACAUGGAAGACACCAUGAAGGGUACUUUGGCGACUAUAUACUCCGCUGGAGCAGACACGACUGUCUCGUCAUUGGUCUCGUCCUUUCUCGCGAUGGUUCUGUAUCCAGAAGUUCAGAAGGCACAAGAAGCUAUUGAUAAGGGCAUUGGCUCAGACCGGCUUCCAGACUUCUCAGAUCGCGAGGCCCUACCAUUCAUUGAAGCUAUCAUGAAUGAAGUACUCCGCUGGAAUCCUAUCACUCUACUUAACAUUCCUCAUUGCCUGACCAAGAUGAUGUAUACAACGGAUACUUUCUACCGAAAGGUUCUCUCGUUGUUGCAAAUAACUGGGCCAUUUUGCACGACGAGAACGCAUAUCCAGACCCCUUGAUUUUCAAUCCCGACCGGUUUAUGGAAGAUGGCAGGCUGAAUCCUGAUAUACGGGAUCCAGAUACUGCUGCAUUUGGCUUUGGACGAAGAACGUGCCCCGGCGAACCCAUGGCAAAGAAUUCUCUUUGGAUCUCCAUCGCAUCAAUCCUUGCUUCAUUCAUUAUUGAGCCUAAGAAAGAUCCGAACGGGCUUCCCAUCAUUCCAAUUGAGGAGUAUAUCGGCGGAUUGAUGCGCCACCCGAAGCCUUUCGUAUGUUCUAUUCGCCCUCGAUCCAUGAAAUACAGGGACCUGGUGACA